ACGCGUAGACAACUGAACCCAACAAACCCCUGUGGAGCGGCGUCUCUCAUUUUUCUUAGCGAAACCUCUCUGGUGUAAAUCCCCAUUUCUCGACGGGACGGCAGUUGUUCCUUCUCUUCAACCAAGGAACAAUUCUCCAUUAGCUUCUCGCUCUCUAAGAUUAAAGGGGAACCAGCAGAGGAUUGCUACUUCAGUCAAGUGUGAUAAUGCUGCAUGUCUAUACUAGAUCACCGUGAUUCCGUUUGACUGCACUGCAAUGUCUGGGAUACUUAAUUCAAACCUUGGUGGCUCAAACUCAAGUCUUAGUGAUGCGACUGGAAGGGCUUUUGCGACAUCUUUUUCUGUCCAAUCAGCAAAUGCUCCUAGUUUUCAUCACUCUGGCAUGCAAGGGUUACAUCAUAACAUGCAAGGAAACUUUCUUCCAAACCUAGCAUCGAGGAAUCCCGCUAUGACUGCUGUUCCUUCAAGUGGUCUUCAACAAUCUGGGAGUAGCAUCUCCUCUGGAAGAUUUUCAUCAAACAAUCUUCCAAUUGCCAUGUCUCAAAUCUCUCAUGGACACUCAGGGAUUACUGAGAGAGGUGGCAUCAGUGUUGCAGGAAACCCUGGUUUUAGUAGCAAUAUAAAUGGAGUUGGUGGUUCCAUUCCUGGGUUUUCCUCUGGUGCUGCUUCUGUUGGCAACCACAAUUCUAUUCCUGGAAUGGGAGUCAAUCAAUUUUUGGGUAACCUAGGCCCUCGAAUACCAAGUUCUGCAGGGAAUAUGUCUGCUGGAGGCAACAUCGGAAGGAGCAUAAACACUGGGGGUCCAACCAUUUCCAGCCUUGCAUCAAGAACAAAUUUGGCGGCUAACAACGGAUCUGGGACUUUGAGUUUACAAGGACAGAAUAGACUGAUUGGCGGUAUGCUUCAGCAAGCUCCUCAUAUGAUGGGAAUGAUUAGAAACUCUUAUAACAUAUCCAGCGGACCAAUUACUAGGCAAUUGCAAGGAGGGAAUAAUCUGUUAAGCUCUAUGGGAAUGCUAAAUGAUGUCAACUCAAAUGAUGGCUCUCCGUUCGACAUAAAUGAUUUUCCUCAAUUAACUGGGCGCCCUAAUUCAGCUGGAGGUCCUCAGGGUUCCUUGAGGAAACAAGGUCUUGGAGUAAGCUCAAUCGUCCAACAAAAUCAGGAAUUUAGCAUCCAGAAUGAAGAUUUUCCAGCUUUGCCUGGUUAUAAAGGUGGAAACUCAGAAUUUGCAAUGGAUUUACAUCAGAAGGAGCAACCGCAUGAAAAUGUGUCUGUAAUGCAAUCACAAAACUUUGCCAUGGGUGGUUCAACUGGAUUCACCCAUGGAGGGGCCUAUCCAUCAACUCGUCAGCAUCAUCAGCAGCACGUUACUCCUGUCAGUACUGCCACAGGUGUCUCAUUAGCAUCUGGAAACAGUCAAGACCUUCUCCAUCUAUAUGGCUCUGAUUUGUUUCCAUCUUCACAUGGAGCCUAUCAAUCUCAGGUUCAGAAUACGCCUAGUAUUGGAUUAAGAACGUUGAGUUCUCAAAACCCAGCUCAAAACCCAGCAUCAGGCAUUGGACCUUAUGAUCAACUUAUUCAUCAAUAUCAACAUCCGCAUAGCCAAUCUCAACUUCGUCUGCAACAGAUGUCUGUUAUUAAUCAGUCAUAUAGAGAUCAUAGCUUGAAGUCUGUGCAAGGAACACAAAUAUCUGAGAGGUUUGGUUUGUUGGGUUUGUUGGGCGUAAUCAGGGGAAACGACCCAAAUCUCACAUCCCUUGCUAUGGGGAUGGAUCUCACAACUCUGGGAUUGAAUUUAUUAAGCCCUCCAGGUGAUUUGCACAAGAAAUUUAGUUCCCCAUGGUCUGAUGAGCCAGCCAAAGGAGAGUCUGAGUAUUCCAUUCCAACUUGUUAUAACUCUAAACCACCUCCAACAUUAACGCAGGGGCAUUUUGCAAAGUUUCAUCUAGGGACACUAUUUUACAUCUUUUACAGCAUGCCAAAGGAUGACGCUCAGUUGUUUGCUGCUUAUGAACUACAUUCACGGUUAUGGUUCUACCACAGAGAGCUUCAGUUAUGGUUAAUAAGAAGUGGUGAACCCCUUGUUAAAACUCAAACAUAUGAAAGGGGAUCAUACCAUUACUUUGAUCCGAGUACUUGGCAAACUAUUCGUAAGGAUAAUUUUGUCCUUAAUUAUGAGGCAUUGGAGAAGAAACCAAUCCUCCCUCAGCAUUAGACAUUCUUGUCAUAAACUUUUCAUUGUAUUUGGUCUUUGAUCAGAAUUUACCGGGUCUUUGGUGCCGUUGCUCCUUUCAGUUGUGACGUUUCUUCCAAUGAGGUGUUUGGUUAUUCAUUUCAUUCAUCAAGUGUCCCACCCAUUGGUUUCUGCAUUUUCAAUGACAGCACGGUCAUCUUCAGUAAUGCCAUUCAUGGUCAUGUUUUCCUGGAAGAAGAUUGGGCAACCAUGCCUUAGGAGGUGCUCGUUGCCAGGUAGCGAUGGACCCACUUAUUGAUUCAGUCAUUGUUUUGCCAGUGCUGAUGUCUUUAAUAUGUGCUAACUUCUGUGACCAUAAUUUGUUUUUUUUUUUUUUUUUUCUGUUUUCCACAAAUUGUUCAAGCUCUUUUUUUUUCCCCCUUAAUAUCUCAUUAUGAGUUCAACAAAUGAAUGUAUUUCUGCACGAAAACAACUUCCACAAUAGCAUUUCAUUACAUCCGGAAAUAAGCAACUCAGAGCUGAUUAUCACUCCAUAAAAGGCUAAUCAUAUAGUAUUUUUACUACGUUUAGAAACUCGAUCAAAGUCACAGAUUUGUCGGACAUGUCAACUGAUUAUGUUUUAAUCAUAGAAAGUAGUUGUCAUGAACUUUAA